UGAUAAUUUGUAAAUGAAAUAAUAAUGGCAUUAUCUAUAUGUGGGAUAUUAUCAAAGUAUGUCGAAGAGUAGUGACAAGAUACCCAAUAAUCGUUCAAGCAACACAAGCAGGUAUAUUAAUGGCAUUGGGAGAUCAAAUUGCACAAAAUUUUAUUGAACGAAAAAAAUUUAAGGAAUUAGAUUUUCUAAGAACAGCUCAAUUUGGAAGUAUAGGAUUUUUUAUUACUGGACCUGUAACAAGAACCUGGUAUGGAAUAUUAGAUAAAUAUAUUGGCUCAAAGACUGGAAUUGCAGUAUUAAAGAAAGUAGCUUGUGAUCAAUUAAUUUUUGCACCUGCAGGUUUAGGAAUUGUGUUAACAACUGUUGGUCUUUUACAAGGAAAAGAUUUUGAACAAAUAAAAACGAAAUUAUCUAAUGAAUAUCUAGAUAUUUUACUUAAUAAUUAUAAAAUUUGGCCUAUAAUACAACUAAUUAACUUUUAUUUUAUACCUUUACAAUAUCAAGUUCUAUUAGUACAAUCGGUAGCUAUUUUAUGGAAUACUUAUGUAUCAUAUAAAACAUUUACUUUAGGAGAACAACAAAAAAGGCAAAUAGAUGUAUAUAUAAAAUAAGUAAAAAUUUAUAAACAUAUAUUUUUUUUAAAUACAGAU